CAGGGGAGCAGAGCAAGCACUUGUAAUAUCUAAGUGCCGGCCACUAGAACCUAUGCAAACAGUUUUAAUACAAACCUCAGCUAAUGAGGUUGUUUUUUUUAGCAAUCCCUCUGACGUUUUCCUCCAAUUGUAAAUAAAGUCCAUAAAUUGGAUCAUCGAACUCAAGCUUGUUCAAUUGAUUGCUAAAAAUACAUCGCAGAAGUAAGAAGUCUGAAAAUUACAGGCCUCUGAGCAGAGUCAUCCAAAAUCGGGAAAUACCCUCUCCUCUCCGAAUCACUCUAAAUCAUCUGAUUUGUCAGAAAGUUCAAGUGCUUUUCAGAUAAUGAAAACUCUUUGUCUGUGGCUUAUGCCAGUGCUGAUCCUGCUGCUGCUGGGAUUGAAGCAAGUGGAAUCCAAGAAAUAUCAGCGAUGCGAACUCACACAUGUGCUGGUGGAGAAAUACAACUUCGAUAAGUCUUUCAUCUCCAACUGGAUCUGUCUGGUGGAGCACGAGAGUGAACUGAAUACCAGCAAAAUAACGAACAUGGAAAACAAAAGCAAGAACUACGGUCUGUUCCAGAUCAACAGCAGGGGCUAUUGCACCGAGGGAAAAAAAGGAGGGCAGUGCAAUAAGAAAUGUGAAGAUUUCUCCAAUGACGAUAUAGGCGACGACAUUGCCUGUGCCAGAAUGAUCCAGGAACGCGAGGGCUUCAAGUACUGGAAGGGCUGGGAACGCUCCUGCCGCAACCAACAGAACCUGCCCAAUCUUCGCGUGCUUUGCAACCUGCGCAGCCAAUCGCCUUCGCGGUCAGCUCGCGGCUUCAUCACGGGCUGAACACCUAUUCCUGUGUACUAUUUGAACAUCAAACUUAACAGAUACAUAUAUAUAUAUACAUAUAGCAUGUGAAUGCUUUGCAUAA